AUGUAUGCGCUCAGUCGCCAGGAGAUAGUCACGGGAAUAGCGAAUCGCUUCGUGCACUCCCGGACGUAUAUCAUCCUGUAUCUUGUUAUGGUCGUGCUGUCCGUUGCGACAGCAAUCUUGGGAUCCAUGCAACGAUAUCCGCCUUUGAGCUUCUACAUCUUGGAGAUAAUUAUCAACACUAGCAUGAUAUGUGAGGUGGGAGUACGAUUAGUUGCUCUUGGCAAGCAAUUCUGGAGAUCACCAUGGAAUAUUUUCGAUCUCAUCAUCACCAUUUUCUGCGCCCUCACGCUGUCGAUACUGUUGUUCGCACAUAGCGGCCGAGGGAGCAAGGGAGAGGAGGUCUUUGACAGUGUCCUGCUCAUUGGACGGAACGUAUUACAGUUCCUGCGUCUAGCUAUGAUCAUGCGGCAGUCCGGCCAGUCCAUAUUUACGCGGCCAAAGGCCAUCGAUCUCUCAGCAGCUCGGAUGGCGGGAUACAGCAUGGACAUUGACAUCGCGGACGACGGACCAUUCACCAGCAGAGACCGCCGCGCGGUGGUCUUCGACGCACCAGACGGUUUCGAGGAUGAGCCUGCCGCGCCGCAUGUGCCGAAACCGGAAGACAUGCCCAGGGCAGUGCAAGCGGCUCAGGAAAGAGAUGAAGAGGAUAUGUGGGCUUCGAUGGGUUGA